AUGUCGAAUGAUAACCCGAAGCACCGUACCAGGAAAAAGUUGGGCGGCCGGGAGCAGGCGGUGGGCGGCCGGGAGAAGGCGGUGAGCGACGAGGAAUAUAGCAACGGGGACGUGGUGGGCGGCAGGUACAUGGUGCUUGAGAAGCUUGGCAAAGGCGGCUUCAGCAACGCCUACAGCGUGUUCGAUAUGAGGAGGAACUCCACCCUCGCCCUCAAGGUGGAGAAGGAGGGCAGGCACGCCCUCGAGGCGGAGUUCGGCAUUCUCAAACACCUGGAAGCCCUUGGUGUUGACGGAGUGCCUGCCGCCUACGAGUUCUUCAGCUUCAGGAACAACAGUGCAAUGACGAUGGACAUGAAGGGCCCCAACCUGAAGGCUGUGGCUGUGAGCGAGGGCGGCGUUCUCUCCGUGGCGACCAUCAGUCUCCUGCUGGUGCAGAUCCUGGGCAUCCUCCGUCAGGUGCACGACGCCGGGUACGUCCACAGGGACAUCAAGCCCCACAACAUCGUCUGCGACCCCGAUAACAGCAUAAACGGCUGCUUUAAAGUGUAUCUGAUAGACUUCGGUCUGACGACGCGGUACGUCAACAAGAGCGGCGAGCACCUCCCGCGCGGGGAGAAGGCGUGCCAGAAGGGAACACGAGGCUACAUGAGCAUCAGCUGCCACAGACAGGGACAACCGUCGCGCCGGGACGACAUGGAGUCCCUGGCCUACACCGCCGCCAAGCUCCUGCUGGGGGGCCUGCCCUGGUCGCGCAUGCGCCUCAAGAUGAUGAGUCAUAGACGCAUCGCCAAGAUCAAGGAGAGAAUCAGACCGGAGGACAUUUUCGCUGGCAUGCCAGAGGCGUUCCCCCGCUUCCUGCGGUACGCUCGUAGUCUGAGGUACGAUCAGGAGCCUGACUACGUCCCCUGGCAGAAAGUGUUCCUGGAGGUCUCGCAGGAGCAGCAGCACGCGCCGGCAGACGCAAGCGAGGUAAGUAACAUCACCUGCGAGCAGGACGCAGGCCGUGGAGGUAACGCCUCCCUUCACAAUUAUUUCUCGUGA